AUGAGUCACAGAGCAGCAACUAAAUCACACUACUCUCAUAACAGCAGCACCAGAAACAGAAACAAAAGCCGAAACAGUAGAAAUGAUACCAACAAUGAAUCAUUAUAUCAAGAACUAGACCAUCUUUUAGGUGUAUUCUGCUCAGAAGCUCAAUUUAAUCUCUGUGUUAGUCACCGCAUUGCCUCACGUCAGAAGCUCGGAAAGAUCCGUAAAGUAUUCAAAGACAUCCAGCAGUGGCUUAAGUGUCGCGCAGCCCAUGAAGUCAUCAAACCAUCUCUGUAUCUGUCAGCCGAACAGUACUGCAACGACUUGCUCGCUCAUUACAGCAUUGUUUCAAAACAACGUCAUAUAUUACCCUUACAACAACAACGAAUGUAUCAUCCUCUUACACAAGAAUGCACAGCACGAUUGAAUCAUCAAUGGCAGGCUUUGAGUGAAGAAUUUGAAACGGCAACCGAGAAUAACCUUCUCUGGCAAAAAUAUAUCUUCAAUAUCAAACAAUUGGUCAAGGCCUGGAAGUCACCCGACCUUGCAAACCAAACCCUGCUGUCCAUACUGACACUGAGAGAGCAGCCCUUGCCGUCCCCGCAACAAGGAAAAACACCCAAAAAUACUUUAUUAUCAUACACGCCUAAAGCUGCAUCUAUAUCAUCUGUAUCAUCUAUAUCAUCUUCAUCUUCAUCGUUAAUAUCACCCUUGUCUUUGCCUUUAUCCUUGUCUUUAUCCUUGUCACUAUCACUGUCCCUGUCUCUGUCCUUAUCCUCCUCCUCAUUUGGUCGGAAGCGAGCCGCAAUGAGCUCAUAUCACAUCACUUUCACGAGCCAGACAAACAAAGAGGAGCAACAGAGGAUUAUCGGCAGGGUGUGUGAGAAUUUUGGAUCAAUCUUUGCUCACAAUGCAACAUCAAACUUGUCACAAGUACACAGCUGGAUCCGACACAGCCAGCCGAGCCGAGUUCUUAAAAAAGUCAGGCAAUUCAAAACAAAUCUUUACACCGAGAUUGGCGCGGAAUCAAGCCACACAAAACUAGCAACAACAAAAACAGAAACAGAAAGAAAAAUAAAAAUAAAAUCAGCACCACCAUCAGCACCGCCAUCAGCAGGACCAGGAAAAGUUCUCGGCUCGGAUGCGAUGAUGGUCAACGUUAAUGAUAACGUAGAUUUUAAUGACAGUGUCAAUUUCGAUUUCAAUUUCAAUUCAAAUUCAAAUUCAAAUAAUAAUAAUGUCAACUCCACUCCACCGCAACCCACAUCAGUUUGUACGAUUGGCAAUACAAUUUCACAAAUAGAAAAUCAAGAUGACAAUACCGAUGAAGAAAACACAGAAGCAGAGAUAGUUGCAACCAGUUCUAAAAAAGGGCGAAAAAAAGACCUUUUACUUCCAAUACCAGACUUUUUACUUUCCUUGGCAGAGUGGGAAAGCCUGAGACAGAUCCCGGGUGAAAAGCCAAGGCUGAAGAAAUAUUUAAAACAGCCAAGCUUAGCACGGUUGACUGGAUCAUUCCGAGCUCUAUUUUCAGGUGCAUCGGAACACCGGGCGCCUUCCGCUCAGCAUCACCGUCAGCGUCAGCGUCAGCGACAGCAUCAGCAUCAGCAUCAGUGUCAGCAUCAAAAUCAGAAUCAACAGGAGCAACAGGAGCAGGUGACGCUCCCAAGAAAUAAUGAUGAUACUAACACAAACAACACAAACAACACAAACAACAAGGACGAUAAUUGCAGCAUCUCCGUGUCCAAGCUCGGAUGUAUUCUAGGUCGCACUGGAUGCAAGUUCUAUUCGUCGGUUCUUGCCCAUGCUCAAUGGUGCUCGGCUCAAGAUGCCCAUAGAUUGCACACUGCUGGGCGCGAUUUAGUUGAUCUGUAUGGUGUUCUCCUGUUGGUGACUUCCCAAACACAAGUGCAACGCAUUCUCGUUCUCCUAUCCCAAAUUGUAGUCCCUUGA